ACCGAGUGCAAAAGAAGAUAUAUGCUGUCUCUACUCGGAUUCAGACCUCACCUUCACUCAGGCUGACUUACACCGACACCUCUGUGACCUCCGCUGGAUAUAUUCAUCUGGUCAUUCAACUCGAAGUCAACGGCAACAGCGUAGCAUCUCUGUAGUACUUGACACGACGAUGAGCUCUCGAGGGACCUGUGCAAACUGCCGAACUAAAAAGAUUCGUUGCGACGGGAAAACGCCAGAGUGUGGGCAGUGUGCACGACGAAGGUUUUCUGGUGGUCCUCCUUGUGAAUAUAUUGGGACCCAACGUGUUCUUGUCGGCCUCUUGCCGAAAGGCGAUGCGUGUAUUCCUUGUCGUCGAAAGAAGAAAAGAUGUAAUGGUGGUCGCCCUCACUGCCAGACAUGUGUCAAGAUCAAGAAGCAGUCGCUAUGUGUCUACCAGUACGACGAUGGUUCUUCAGACCCAGAGCUCAAUGAUACAGCGCCAAGGCCUAUUUUACCUGCCCCUAUCCCCUCGGGGUCGAGUAGUACGCCUGAAGAAGGGUCCCGAAGACAAUCUACGCCUCUCACAGAACAGUCCAGUGGCGUAGGCAGCUCAAGCUGUGACGUAUUAAUUGUCGAACAUCCUCCCUUGUCGUUACCUCCACAUCAUGUAUCUCAACCACAUUCUCCCCCAAACUCCGAUAUGUCGUCUAAUCAAGGCGCUGCUACUUCGGGAUCGUCAUGGCUGGGUCCAUCCCUACCGGUUGAGGAAUCUAUCCUGGGUCCUCUCGAACCAGUGGAUGCAUCACCUAAAUUACCAGAUCUAAUGCAAGACGACCCCGAAAACAUGUUUCCCGGGAUUUUACUACAAGCUACUCUACCAGCAGACCUUGCCACGCACUUACGUGCGGAGUUUCUCACUCGGGGAACCUGCAUGGGACUUCGUAUGAUAUCCGAAAAGCUGGACGCCAUCGCUCGUGGAGAUCUAUCUGGCGCCCUCGUCCAUCCCAUCUUCAUCCACCUUGCACAUCUACUAGGGUGCGUCUUCUAUAUGGACGACCUUAAGCGGCCCGUCACCCCAGAAAUCGAGGCCUCCUACUUCCAGCUCGUCGAAGAGAUGCUGUCCACCGUCCCUGUCACCCUCACGCCCGUAGAGCACGUCCAGACCUGCUCACUAUUCACCAUUUACCUCUUCUUCAAACAACGAUGGAGCGACGCCCAGAGCAUGGGACGAAGAGCGAACGACGUUAUCCUGCAAUGCGACAUGCACAUCACGCUUUCCGCGUAUGACGUGGAGGCGAUCGCUCUACGGCGUGCACAACGACCGUCACACGGUGCGUAUGGGCAUUUACAGGCGGUGGACGAGGUAGACGAGGAGAAGUCGGCGCUGUGUUAUGCCCUGUAUCUGGAUAAGAUCGGGCAGAUGAUGUUUUCGUUGCCACUUUGUCUGCCACCGCAUUUGGAUGACGAGUUUAGAGCGUUGGCGACCCUUGAACGGUCACCAGAUCCAACGAACACUGUUUUGUCUCGCACGAUCAGCGCUUGGCUCUUCCAGGAGACAAGGGCAUUUAUCACUCAGUGGCGCCUCUACGCCGUUCCCGAAGACCCUGGCAUAGAACCACCCUGGUACGAAACCUACACCACCCUCAUCCGCAGAACAGAGCAACAUAUCGGCAGCACGAGACUCACCACGACGAAGUUCGAUCUCGUUCUAAACGAUCCUAUGGGCAAGCUCUCCUGCAAAACGGAUACGAUAUUGGCGUUGACUGCGCUCGCUAACGUGCAUAGCGUUGUGGCGAACGCGCUCGACCAUGAGGAUUCGCAUCAUAAAGCUGUGGAUGCCGUGGUGGAGAUCGUUAGUAUCUCGGAUGGGUUCCGCGGUGAGGAUUAUAAUUCUUUGGAUAGCACUUUGAUGCUAUGCUGGAACGUGGCUCAAGAGAUUCUGGAGCAAGAGCGCGUUCGAGCUACCGUAUUCGGCACGGAGUGUUAUGGUCAUCGGGUCGGGAUACAUGCAGCGAAUCUCUCGUCCCUAGUGAACAGCCUGCGUCGGUGUAUGAGAGCGAUGAAGGCGACUCCUCCGUUCGUUUUUGCGGAGCUAUAGCGUUCUCAUCUGUAUUUAUUUUGGUAUGCUUUCGUAGCUUUCGCACUUUUACCGUACACCAGAAUAUUUAUCGGAGUUUAUAUG